CGCUGCCUAGCAGCGGCGGCGCCGCCGCCAUGUCUGGGGGCCCGGUGCGGCUGCUGCGCCUGGGGCUCAGGCCUUACGCCGAGGCCCUGCGGGUGCAGGACAGCUGCGUGGCGGCCGCCAGGGCCGCCCGGGCCUCGGCUACCCUGCCCUGUGCCCCGCCCGGUGCCCUGGCGGCCGAGAGCGUGGUGCUGAGCGAGCCGGCCGAGCCGGUCUACGUGUGGGGCCUGCGGGGAGCCCCGGAGGCGGCGGCGGCGGAGCGGCUGCGGGCGCUGGGAGCGGGGCUGGUGGCCGCCCGCCGCGGCGGACACAUCACCUACCACGGGCCCGGCCAGCUCCUCGCCUUCCCGGUGCUCGACCUCCGCCGCCGCCGCCUGCCGCUGCGCCGCUACGUGGCCGGGCUGGAGGCGCUGAUCGUCCGCCUCUGCCACCGGCUGGGGCUGAGCGCCGCCAGGGCCCUGCCGCCGCCGUUCACCGGCGUCUGGAUGGGCGACAGCAAGAUCUGCGCCAUCGGGGUACACUGUGGGCACUCCAUCACCUCCCACGGGCUGGCCCUCAACUGCUGCCCAGAGCUGAGCUGGUUCCAGCACAUUGUGCCCUGUGGGCUGCCUGGCACCGGGGUCACCUCCCUGAGCCAGGAGCUGGGGCACCGGGUGCCAGUGGAGGACAUCCUGCAGCCCUUCCUCGACGCCUUCCAGGAGGUCUUUGACUGCACCUUGGUGGACCCAGGGCCCUAGGCUUGGCAUCUGCCCUGGCACCGUGCCCCGAGCCGUGCCCCCAGCCUGCCCUCUGCCACCUCUGCCCUGCAGACCAGGA